AUGCCAAGCGUAGCUGUUAAGCUCUACAGCGUGUUCUUCAAGUUCCUCUUGAAGCACCGUUUGCAGAAUCGGAUCCAAACCCAGCCCGACGAGUUCAACCCUUUCGGCGUCACGUCUCGACCCGAAGAAACAAUCGCCUCACCUAAUCCUCUGUUCGACGACGGCGUUGCCACCAAGGACAUCCACAUCGACCCCUUCACUUCUCUCUCUAUCCGAAUCUUUCUCCCCGAGUCCGCUCUCAACCCACCCGAACCCGCUUCCAAGUCUAGGGUUACCGCUACGCCUAAACGAUCCGAUCUCAAUCAGGGAUCCAACCGAACCGAUUCGGCCCGCCAGAGCCUGAACAAUUUACCCGCCACCCCUUCUCGGCGCAACAGCUAUGGCAAUCCGACACUGUCCAAUUUGGCGAAAAGCGAGCAGAGAAGGAACAGUUACGGGUGUAGCAAUGACAUAGAGAGUAUGAAUUUGAUGGCGAACGCUGGCGUGGGAGUGUACAGAGGCUACUCGCCGGCCAAUUUGACCAAGAACGGUCGAAAAUUGCCGGUCAUGUUGCAGUUUCACGGCGGCGGCUGGGUCAGUGGCAGCAAUGACUCUGUGGCCAACGACAUCUUCUGUCGGCGGAUUGCGAAGCUGUGCGACGUCGUCGUUUUGGCGGUGGGUUAUCGGCUUGCGCCAGAGAAUCGAUACCCAGCGGCGUUCGAGGACGGGUUGAAGGUGUUGAAUUGGCUUGGGAAGCAGGCCAAUUUGGCUGAGUGCAGUAAGUCCAUGGGAAGCGGACGGAGCACUCUCGGCGGCGUUACCGAGUUUAAGAAGGCCGAUUCUCAUCGGCAUAUCGUGGACACUUUUGGGGCUUCAAUGGUUGAGCCUUGGUUGGCUGCCCAUGGAGAUCCAACGAGAUGUGUUCUCCUUGGUGUGAGCUGUGGUGCUAACAUUGCAGACUACGUGGCUCGGAAAGCUGUAGAGGCAGGCAAGCUUUUGGACCCUGUCAAGGUGGUUGCACAGGUGCUGAUGUAUCCGUUCUUCAUUGGAAGUGUCCCCACUCAUUCUGAGAUAAGAUUGGCAAACUCCUAUUUCUAUGACAAGGCAAUGUGCAUAUUAGCAUGGAAACUAUUCUUACCUGAGGAAGAGUUUAGCUUGGACCACCCAGCUGCCAAUCCCCUCAUCCCAGACAGGGGGCCACCUGUAAAGCUCAUGCCUCCGACCCUUACAGUGGUGGCAGAACAUGAUUGGAUGAGAGACCGUGCCAUUGCUUACUCAGAGGAGCUCCGGAAGGUAAACGUUGAUGCACCUGUGCUGGAGUAUAAAGAUGCAGUUCAUGAAUUUGCAACCCUUGAUAUGCUUCUCAAGACCCCUCAGGCCCAGGCCUGUGCAGAGGACAUUGCCAUCUGGGUCAAAAAAUACAUCUCACUUCGAGGUCAUGAGUUCUCCUAUUAG